GGCAGUCAGUCAGGUGGGAGCCGGCCAGGGAGGAGCACACGCCGAGCAGGAGAGAGCGAGAGAGCGGAGAGAGAGAGAGGGGGCGACUGGUACAGAGCACUCGGAAAGCGUUAGUGAGGAGCAGCGUCGGCCGCCAUGCUGGAGGUGUCUGCUGGCCUGUUGGGCCGGCUGCUGGCCGGCUGCUGGUCGCUGCUGACGCCGCCCGUGCUGCUGCUGCUGGCGCUGCUGCUGCCCGUGGCGCUGCUGGUUAGACGCGGCCUCUCCGUCCACCAGCAGCAGAUCAGAAACCUGCCCGGACCCAAACCCGUGUACCCGGUGCUGGGACACACGCUGCUGGUCCCCUGGCAGGUCACAGACCUGCUGGACAUGCUGAUGCACUAUGUGCGUCAGUACCGCGGCUUCUUCCACCUGCAGCUCGGUGUGGACUACGUGGUCAUCAACAGCCCCGAGGCCGCCGAGGUGAUUUUCAGCAGUAACCAGCACAUCCAGAAAGGAGAGGAGUACCAGUCACUGGAGCCGUGGCUGGGCACCGGUCUGCUCACCAGCACUGGCACCAAGUGGCACAAGCGGCGCAAGAUGCUGACGCCGGCGUUCCACUUCACCAUCCUGGACCAGUUCAUGGACGUGUUCAACGAGCAGUCGCAGGUGUUGGUGGCCAAGCUGAAGGACACUGGCGGCCAGCGGGUGAACGUGUUCCCAUUCAUCACCAAGGCGACACUGGAUAUCAUAUGCGAAGCCACGAUGGGCGUUCAGAUCAAGGCCCAGGAUGGAGCUCGAACAGACUAUGUGCAGGCCGUCUACGAUAUGGGCGAGGUGGUGUUUUUCCGGUUCAUGCGUCCCUGGCUGCGAAACGAUCUGGUGUUUCGACUGUCAUCUCUGUACAAAGUACAAAAGGACAGUCUCAAGCUGCUGCACGGAUUCACCGACUCGGUGAUCCGAACCCGUCGGGAGGAGUUGCAAAAGGCGACAUCAGGCGACGGCGGUGCCGUGACGGACGAGGCAGGUAAGAAGAAGCGGCGAGCCUUCCUGGACCUUCUGCUCCACUCGACCAUCGACGGCCGACCGCUGAGCGACGCAGACAUUCGGGAGGAGGUCGACACGUUCAUGUUCGAGGGUCACGACACGACUUCUGCAGGCACCAACUGGGCCCUGUAUAACCUGGGCAGGAACGCGGACGUCCAGCAGAAGGUCUAUGACGAGCUGGUGGAGGUCCUCGGCGACCAGCAGCGGCCGCUGACCCGCGACGACCUGCCGAAGCUCCGGUACCUGGAAAUGGUCAUCAAGGAGACGCUGCGACUGUUCCCGCCAGUGCCCAUGAUUGGCCGACGACUCAACUCAGACACCGUCAUUGACGGGUACCCGAUUCCGGGCAGCUGCAACGUCGGCCUGCUGGUGUACGCCAUCCACCGGGACCCGGUGCACUGGCCGGACCCGGAGCGGUUCGAUCCGGAGAGGUUCAGUCCGGAGAACAGCAAGGGACGCCACCCGUACAGCUACGUGCCCUUCUCGGCCGGGCCCCGCAACUGCAUCGGUCAGAAGUUUGCGCUGAUGGAGGAGAAGGUGCUGCUGGCCAGCGUGGUGCGAAAUUUCCACAUCACCUCCCACGACAGCCUGGACACCAUCAAACUGAGGCCGGACGUCAUACUGCGACUUGAGGGAGGGCUCUUCCUCAGCUUCACACCGAGGAACCAGUGACGUCUUACUGCGACUGGAGGGGGGUCUGUUCCUGAGCUGAUAACCGAGAAACAAUGACGUCACGGCUACCAGUGACGUCAUACUGGGACCGGAGGGAGGGCUGUUCCUCAACUUCACACAGAAAAACGAGAGCCAGUGACGUCAGUGAUGCCUGUGACGUCACUGGGAAUGACUGCUGUCAGCCCUGGCAGUCAGUGGAGGGGUGGAGGCCGUCAGAUCCAGGUGUGUGCGUCUAAAUAUAGUGAUGGUGACAGGUGAAAACAUA